GGCGGGGUCAGCUUGAUCAGAUGUGUUUCCGAAGUUCCAAACUAGUGUUUUAUUAAAAAAAUGUUGCACAAGAUAAUUAAUUUGAGUGUGAAAGAUGUGCGCUUUCCCACGUCUUUGGAGCAGCACGGCUCAGAUGCGAUGCACACAGAUCCGGAUUACUCUGCUGCGUAUGUGGUUCUGGACACGGAUAGCGGACUGAAAGGGUUCGGCCUCACGUUCACUUUGGGGAAAGGAACAGAAAUCGUGGUUUGUGCCGUCAAGGCUCUGGAAGGACUGGUUGCUGGGAAAUCUUUGCAGGAGAUUGUGAGCAACUUUCGUGACUUUUACCGCCUGCUGACCAGUGAUGGCCAAAUGAGAUGGUUGGGUCCAGAGAAAGGUGUAAUCCACCUGGCCACUGCUGCUGUCCUGAACGCUGUUUGGGACCUCUGGGCUCGAACGGAGAGCAAGCCGCUGUGGAAGCUGCUUGUUGACAUGGAUCCAAAGACGAUCGUCUCCUGCAUUGACUUCAGAUACAUCACUGAUGUACUUACUGAGGAGGAAGCUCUGGACAUACUUGUGAAAGCAAAGGAGGGCAGACAACAGAGAGAGGAUCAGAUGCUGAAGGAGGGUUAUCCUGCCUACACCACCUCCUGUGCUUGGCUUGGAUACUCAGACCAGCAGCUCAGACAGCUUUGUACAGAUGCACUUAAAAAUGGUUGGACCAGGUUUAAGGUGAAGGUCGGUGCUGACUUGGAGGACGACAUACGCAGAUGUCGCCUAAUCAGACAAAUGAUUGGACCCAAUAACACCUUGAUGAUGGAUGCCAACCAGAGAUGGGAUGUAAAUGAGGCUAUCAGCUGGGUUUCCAGACUUGCUGAGGUCCAACCUCUUUGGAUUGAGGAGCCCACAUCUCCAGAUGACAUCCUGGGUCACGCUGCUAUUUCUAAGGCUUUGGCUCCACUUGGGAUUGGAGUGGCCACAGGCGAGCAGUGUCACAACAGGGUGAUGUUCAAGCAGUUCCUCCAGGCUUCAGCGCUGCAGUUUGUGCAGAUAGACAGCUGCAGACUGGGCAGUGUCAACGAAAACCUUGCUGUGCUGCUGAUGGCCCACAAGUUCAAAGUUCCUGUGUGUCCUCACGCCGGCGGAGUCGGCCUGUGUGAGCUCGUCCAGCAUCUGAUCCUGUUCGACUACAUCUGUGUGUCGGCGAAUCUCAACAACCGAAUGUGUGAAUAUGUAGACCACCUUCAUGAGCAUUUCACCAGUCCAGUGGUGAUACAGAACGCUCACUACAUGCCCCCAAAGGAUCCGGGAUAUUCCUGUGAGAUGAUGGAGACGUCGGUAAAGACACACCAGUACCCUGAAGGAGAAGUUUGGAAGCAAGUUCAAAUAGAGGAUUAAAGAUGGGCUACUAAAACAUUGUUCAGAUCUUUGUGAUCUAAUGUUUAAUCUGAUGCAAAAAGCGUUUUUAAUUUUGGAGAAACAUUCAUUUUGACCUGAUUGACAAGCUAACGGCUAGCCUGGGAACAAACUGUUUCCAUCUUUAAUCUCAAGAGUUUUAUUGUAGUCUGAACAAAUGUUGAAUAAAAAUUUUACUAGCUUUUAUCA